CAAGCGGGAAUGAUUAUUACCUCACGUGGUGAAAAUGCGACAAAAAAGUUUCCUGCUGUUUCGUGGCAUUUAAACAAAGCUGUGGUUUAAAGAAGGUUGUUUAAACAGUUUUGCAAAAGAUUUAAAGAAAGCUUGUGCAGUAUUUAAAGUUCCAUAAGCAGAGCGUUAUCAAAAGUUAUAAAGAAAGUGCAUAAAUAUGAAUGUAAACAUGCACAGUAUUUUCAAUGAGAUGACUUCUAUUACCAGUAUGAAGGUGGUGACGCCCAUGACAGAAUCACAAAACGUUCCUCUUGUACGCGCGUCUCCUCAUUUACCGGUAAAACGAAUGGCUCCCUGUCCCUCAAGCCAGCACUUUGUUGCCGUUCCAAAGCGCACACGCCUCACUGCUUCUUCUGAAGCCCACCUUCGCCAGUCCUCGUACAGUUUAGCCAUGUCGUCACCGAAUAUGGUAGUUGCCCACAAUUAUGUUGCGACACCAAGCAACAUUUCAACUCCCAACAGGGGUCUUUCUUUCGUUCCAACCAACACUAUACGAUCAGUGAAUUGUUGUGCAAAGGAAAAUCUUUGUUUCGGGCAAACUUCGUCGGCUACAGGACUCUCAACGCCACCAUACGGCAGCCAGACACAAAAUACUCACUUCGUACAUUCAGCAAGUCGCCGGGGUUCUCUAAAACAACUUGUUCGAAAAUCAAAAAAGAAAUCUCCUUACAAAAACCGUGUCAGUCGCAAAGUCAAACGACAAACCAACAUUGUCGAAGAACCAAGUCAAGAUUCGUUACGCGGACAACCUAAAGCACUUGUUGUUUACAAUGAAUUUCUCCGGCAACUGGAAUCUGAAAACCAGGGAAAAUGCACAACAAAAACUCUCAAUACGACGAGAGCAAGUGCAAAGUACAGCCGAGGUUUUACACCAAGCGUUACCUCAACACCUCAACAUAAUGCUUCUCCACCAUUGAGUAGAGAAAGCAGCCAAACUGAAGCUGCGACAUCUGAUUACUUCUCCGCUCCUAACAGUGGUUCGGCGAGCAGCAAAACCUCUAGCGCUGACGAUUCCUUUGUGGACUUUCUGAGGUAUAUUGAAACUGGGGUUGCUCGUAACGAUAAACUUCUUCUUUUGAAUGAAACCCGCAACCAACGUCUUAAUGAAGACAAAUCAAAGUUUUCCAGCGGUGUAAGUUUGUCGACCCAAAAUUCAUCGAAAUCGGUGAGAAAACCAUUGUUGACCUCGACCCCGCAGAGUGACCAGCAGUCUGACGUCACAAACAACAAUAGAAAGGCGACGGCCCUUCCUGGUAUGUACCCAAUCGGAGCCCCGAGAUAUGCCUCGAGUCCGAUCACAUUCAAGCAACAACAAAUGGUAGCUGCUGGAGGUCGAAUUGAGUAUAAUUCUGCUGUCUGGAGGCCAUGGUGUUAGUACUUUUUCACGAUUUUUUUUCAAAUAUUUAUAAACUAAUAACUAAUUUAAUUAUGUACACUUUGUAUCACGUAUUAUGUUUAUGAAUGCAAGUUCAAUGUUAUCACACGUUUCACUCGUACCCAAUAUACACAGGGUUCACUCUGCAUUUCCAGUUUUCGUCUCGAAAAAGCUCAAUGCUUAAUUUUUUGCAUUGAAGCGCAAGCAAUGCGCGUUUCAUUAUUGUUUACAUUUGUUUGACAAAAAGGCAGUUUUAUUGCCUUGUUCAUCCAUGAACAAGUCGCGCCAUGUUAUUGGCCGUGACGACAGUUUUUUUUGUGUUGCUUAUUCCACUAUUUACAUUAGUGAGCGCCUUGCAUAGGCUUAGCCAGUGCAUUAGCCUGGAAUUUCGUUUUCUUGUAAUUUCGUGCUUUCAGCUGGCGAAUGUUUGCUUCAUUCCCGGCCACAUGUUAUGCCAUUGUAGCAUGUAUAUAUGCUACUUUGUGUUGCUUCCAUUUAUGUUUAUCACGCCGUGUGACCGCUAUUCACUUUAUAUUCACGCUACUACACUGCUUUUUCACAUUAUUUCACGCUUUUUUCUUUAUUGUUCUCACCUUUCCUUUGUUUCUGGCCUGAACAGGACCAUUUGUUCUCACCUAGAAAUGACUUUUCACGCGUCGUACUAUUCAGUUGUCGUUUUUAUCCUGUUACCAAUACUAUAUAAGCCGAAAUAAACUGAUUUUAGAACCUA